CCAUUUUUGGUACGGAUUUUAGUAACUGCGCAGCUAUUAUUCUUUCUUUCCCAACUGAGCUUCGCUCGUCAAAGACGUUCUCUGGCUCACCGCUGAUCUUAGGAAGUCUUUGAUUAAGUCGGCCAGCAUAGAAUAUUUUUAAAAAUGGCUCAUUGCGCUAAAGAUACUGGUAAGGCUCCAGUUGAAGAUGUUCCAGUUCACAGAAUUCGCAUCACCUUGACGAGUAGGAAUGUAAAGAGCUUAGAAAAGGUGUGUGCUGAUCUGAUCAGAGGAGCCAAAGAGAAAGAACUAAAAGUUAAAGGUCCUGUUCGUAUGCCUACCAAGAUUCUCCGUAUCACUACAAGAAAGACCCCCUGUGGAGAAGGAUCCAAAACAUGGGACAGGUACCAGAUGAGAAUUCACAAAAGAAUUAUUGAUCUGCACAGUCCAUCAGAGAUAGUAAAACAGAUUACAUCUAUCAGCAUUGAACCUGGUGUUGAAGUUGAAGUUACAAUUGCAGAUGCAUAAAUCAUGGACAUUUUGCAAUAAAGGGUGAAUUUUA